GAGCUUAUGAAACUCGGUUCUUUUGCCUUGGGGCUUGGAUGCUCCUUUUUCAUUCCAAACAAACUCUAAUGGGAGCGAACCCUAUUAGUUUACAGGAAAAGGACUUCUAAGUUUAAUGGGUAUCAGUUAAUUCCGUAAGAUUUCAUUGCUAAAUCGGUCGGUCGAUUACCAAACUGCAAAGCAACAACGAAUGCAUUCAAAGGAGAAUGAUUCCCAGACACUCUUCCUUUCAAUGCCCACCAAGGUACGUUCUUUCAAUCUUAAGUUCUUAUCUCAGUUCCAGUUCAUCAAACUUUUCUUCAUUCAUCUCUCGGUCCUUCUGCUCUGAAACCUCGGCCGACGGUGAAGACGUGGACAGAGUGUUCGGUAUUGUCAAUAACGCUUCUUCAAGUCAGAACUUGAAGGAGUCUCUGAAAGCGACUGGGAUCUUUCUGUCCAGUGGUUUGAUUGAUAAGGUCCUGAAAAGGAUCAGAUUCAGCCAUGGAAAUCCCUUGCAAGCUUUGGAAUUCUUCAAUUAUACUGCAAAAAGAAGUGGGUUCUACCACACUGCAUUUUCAUACGAUACUAUGCUUUAUAUCUUGGGGAGAAGCCGGGAAUUCGAUAAAAUAUGGGAGGUUUUAGUCGAAAUGCGUCGGAAAGAUCGUUCUUUGAUAACAUCUCGUACUGUUCAGAUAGUUCUGGCCCGAAUUGCUAAGGUUUGUUCGGUUCGCCAGACCGUUGAGAGCUUUAAGAAGUUCAAAAAGCUUGUUCCUGAAUUUGAUACCAAUUGUUUUAAUGCGUUGUUGAGGACAUUGUGUCAAGAGAAGAGCAUGACGGAUGCACGAAACGUGUAUCACAGUCUCAAACACGAUUUCCGGCCAAACUUGCAGACAUUUAAUAUACUCCUUUCAGGGUGGAAAUCAUCAGAAGAAGCUGAAAGUUUCUUUGAGGAGAUGAAGCAAAUGGGUGUUAGGCCUGAUCUUGUCUCGUAUAACUGUUUGGUUGAUGUUUACUGUAAGGAUAGACAAAUGGAGAAAGCAUAUAGAGUGGUUGAUAAGAUGAGGGACGAAAACAUUUCCCCAGAUGUCAUCACAUAUACGAGUUUAAUUGGGGGGUUGGGAUUAGUUGGUCAUCCUGAUAAAGCUACGUAUAUUUUGAAGGAGAUGAAGGAGUAUGGUUGUUACCCUGAUGUUGCAGCAUAUAAUGCUGCUAUAAGGAACUUCUGCAUUGCAAAGAGGCUUGGGGAUGCCUACAAGCUGAUGGAUGAAAUGGUUGGUAAAGGAUUGAAUCCGAAUGCAACAACUUACAACUUGUUCUUUCGAUGUUAUUAUUGGUCAAAUGACUUAAGAAGCUCAUGGAAUUUGUAUCAGAGAAUGAUGGAGAGUGGAUGCUUUCCAAACACACAGUCAUGUAUGUUUCUAAUCAAAUUGUUUCGAAGGCAGGAGAAGGUGGAUAUGGCUCUUGAGCUGUGGAAUGACAUGGUGGAGAAGGGCUUUGGGUCAUAUACUUUGGUGUCAGAUGUAUUGUUUGGUUUGCUUUGUGAUAUGGGGAAGUUGGAAGAAGCUGAGAAAUGCUUCUUGCAGAUGGUUGCAAAGGGACAGAAGCCAAGCAAUGUUUCCUUUAGGAGGAUCAAAGUGCUCAUGGAAUUGGCUAACAGGCACCAAGCCCUUUCAAAUUUGUCAGAGAAGAUGGCAGCGUUUGGACCCACUGAAACAACAUCCAGACCCACUGUUGUAAUUGAAUCAGAUUAUUAUAAUAUAUAAUUGUUCAGAAUGACCCUGUAUGAGCAUGCUUCAAGCAUUUGCUGAUUUAACUUCUCCGUGCUUUUCAUUUUUGGGUAGAAGAGAGACUCAAAAAGUGAAACAUUUCCUAAACCAUCUGAACCAUAUAACAAUAUCUUUUAAAAUGUAGAAUGGUAGUCACUAGAUUGACAUUCUUGCUAAUUGACUAGUUGAAAUUUUUUUCUUGCUGAUA